AUUUAUUGUUACUUUACAUUGCUUUGCAAUGUCCUGCAUACACUUUGUCUAUUCAACUUCUUUGUUUGUUAUAUGUUUUAUGAAUAAACUUAAGCUGGUUAAAAAACCUGAGAGAGUAGAUAAUAGGAUCAGAGGUGCAUCAUUUUUUUGCUUACCAAUGCAUAACUCAAAGGAAAGCGACAACGAAAUAAUCAUAUCAAGGGAUGGAGAAGAUCGUCAAGAUGAUGAAGUAUUAAAAGCUCCAAGUAAACAUAAAUCUGGGUUGACAGGGAAGAUUAUGCACCCACCUAUUGAAGGCCAUUGGCAGCUACCUCUUGAUCAAGAACGUUAUAAACCUUCUUCGUCGUCCACAAACUUGGGCUUCAAGGCAGUGUUGUCGUAUCCGCUUAGGAUUCGCCAGUCAUUGAAGAAAGCUGGACGGAGUAAAAGCUUGCGAGUACUUCUUGAAGGAACUCAUGAUCCAAAAGAUGAACAACUUGUUCAAUCUUUCCGCGAAUUGCUUUUCCUUGAGGGUCAGCUUCCAUCAAAGCAUAAUAACUAUCAUACACUUCUACGAUUUCUUCGAAUGAGGGACUUCGAUUUUACUAAAUCAAAAGAAAUGUUCUUGAAUUAUCUUAAGUGGCGCGAGGACUAUAAAGUAGAUGCAAUUCAAAAGGAAUUUAAGUUUGACGAGUAUGAAGAGGUAAAAAAAUGCUAUCCUCAUGGUUAUCAUGGCGUUGAUCGAUAUGGCAGACCAAUAUACAUUGAAAGAAUUGGAAUGGUGGAUCUUAAUGCACUUCUACAAGUAAGUAGUGUUGAUAGAUUUGUUAAGUAUCAUGUUUCAGAGCAAGAGAAAACAUUAAAUUUGAGAUUUCCGGCAUGUUCAAUUGCGGCCAAGAGGCAUAUAGCAUCCACCACCAGUAUUUUGGAUGUUCAGGGAGUGGGAUUGUCUAAUUUCUCAAAGUUUGCAAGGCAAAUCUUCAUGGAAAUUCAGAAGAUAGAUAGCAAUUACUACCCAGAGACUCUACAUCGUCUCUUCAUCGUAAAUGCUGGAUCUGGAUUUAGGAUGCUAUGGAAAGCGCUAAAAGCAUUUCUUGAUGUACGUACUUUAGCAAAGAUCAAUGUGCUAGGAUAUAAUUACCUUAAUGACCUGCUUGAAGUCAUUGAUCCAAGUAAUUUGCCAAAUUUCCUCGGUGGAAACUGUACAUGUUCUGACUAUGGAGGUUGCUUGCUGAGUGACAAAGGACCCUGGAAAAAUCCUGAAAUUUCAGAAAUGAUUCAGGCGAUUUCAGCAACCGAUGAGAACGAUCAAGAAAAUGAUGGCAUACAAUCUUCAGAAGUUGCCUCUGCACCCUCUGUGCUAGCACCACAGAAAAUUCGAUCACUGGAAGCAGCACUGAGAGACACCAAAUCAAAAAUCGAGGCACUGGAAGCUUUACUUGAAGAAACGAAGACAGCUUUGAAAGGACUGGCAGAGCAUAUAGAAGACCUGAAUAAUUCUUGGGAAGCCUAACCCAGUUUAAAUUAGAAAUCAAUUUGUAAAUUUAUAUAAUUUCUAUUCUUAUUUUUGGUAUAGAAGUUCAAAUAAAUGGUGAUACAUUGACGUUAAAUUACAAAAAUUUAAGUGGUCUAAAAGCGAAUUAUCCAAAAAGUUUGAAAAAUAAAAUUUGUUGGCCUUGUUGCAGAACGAAAUGAAAAUUUUACCGCCUUAAUAU